CCCCUUCGUAGUCCAAACCCCUCUCACCCUUCUCUCCUAUAAAAAAUCCCCCAAAUAAAAAAAAAAUCCCCCAAAUCUGACCGGCCAAAACAUGGACGGCGAUGUACUGCCGCCGGCAGGCCCGGCCCCAUCGGUGGCGUCGGUGCUCGACGACGACGACCUCCUCCGCGAGAUCCUCCUCUGCCUCGGCUUCCCCAACCUCCUCGUCCGCGCCGCCCUCGUCUCCAAGCGGUGGCUCCUCCACGCAUCCGACCAGGCCUUCCUCCGCAGAUUCCGCGAGCGCAACCCGCCCCGCCCGCUCGGCUUCUACGCCGGCUACCCCGGCCGGUAUCAGUUCGUGCCGCUCCCGCAGCCCCCAGAGCUCGCCGCCCUCUCGCGCCGCCCGGCUUCCUCCUGCGACGGCCCCUUCGCCCGCGGAGCCGAGCGACUCGUCCACUCCCGGAACGGCCGCCUCAUCACCGCGUUCCGCAGCCGCUGGCGCCAGCUACGCGGCGGCAGAUUCAAGCACUAUCUCCUGGCGCCGCUGCUCGCCGGGGAGUCCCCAACCGUCCUCCCACCGCCGCCGCCGCCCGUCCACGAGCGCGCUCAAGAGAGAUUCACCCAGAUGUUCCUACCCGAGGGCGGGGGCCGCGACGGCAUCACCUCGGUGCAUCUCUGGAUGGCCGGCCGAAAAAUCUAUGCGGAGGUGCGCGUCCUGGGAUCCGACGGAUGGGGCGUCCCUGCCACCGCAGAGAUAGACAUAGAGCUCCCGCAUCCGCAUGCCACAACCUUCCUGGAAGAAAUGCUUCCGCCCGUUCGUGGCAAGGUCUUCAUGGUGACCACCUCCGGGUACACCCUGGGUCUUGAUCUGGCCACGUCAACCUUCUUUACCCUCGAGCUCCCAGUUGGAGUGCGGCGUGGUUACCUGCUGUCAUGUGCGGAGGAUUCCGGCCUUUAUCUCGUCAGUGCACACGGAUUUCAGCUCAGUUUGUGGCUGAAUAGGAUGACAGGUGACGGCAAUGGUGCAGCUGGUUGGUUGCUGGUGGACACAUUUAAUAUCCGUGAGGGAUGCACACGUUUUGCUGGUCAAAAUCUGACUUCCAUGCCACAAGAUGGUGAUUUUCUUCGUGUUGCUGCAGUCGGGGAUAAUGCUGAGUUUGUAUUCCUGGACUAUGCAACAUAUGGUGUUGUCCUUUAUGUUCAUCUGAGGAGCAGGGUGGUUGAGAAGGUGUAUGAGCAGCCACCAUAUGGCCAUGGUAAUGUUCAUCCGGGUAUAAGCCGCAUACAUAUCUCCCCCUUUAUGAUGAUGUGGCCGCCUGUUUUCCCUGCACUGAAAGGAGGACAUGAUCAAGGGCAAUGAUGGCGGCAUGUUUGAUCUUUGUUAUAGCGUCACUGGGUACGACUUCUAUAAUAGCAAGUUCUGUUUCUCUGAUGAGGUAUGGAAAUGGAUGAGGAAUUUAUAUAUUCAGAUGGUUCUGUCUGCAUCUCGUCUAACAAUGUUACUGUGUUUAACUCCUUCAGUAUUUCUCAUUGCUCUGCAAUCAACAUGUGUAGUUCUGUCUGCUAUUUGGUCAAUGAGUAUGAGUAAUAGGCUCUUGGCUUGUA